GCCUUAGUCGGGCUGGCCACGUCUUGAAAGAAAUAACGCCGACUUUAAUCCAGAAACUGGACUCGGGCUCAACGGACGCGUUUUCAAAUUGAGCGAGUACACGAGUUUAACGUUUAGUGGUUUGCUCAGUGAAUUUGAGUGUUUUCUCAAUGAUCUUGAAUUAUUAAACAAGGAUUUAAAGAUUUUUUAAACAAAAAAUUGAAUAAAACUGAAAAAAAAAUCAUGACUGCCAACAAGUGUUUCAAAUGCAAAUUAGUGCUGUUAGGAGUUUCAGGUGUCUUAUUUCUGGCCUUUUUCAUUGUCUCUCUGGCCAUUGACUAUCAACUGGAAUUAUCCAAGGAGCACAUACGCUUUCGCAAAGGUUUCAUUUCGCAAAUGAAUUGGAAGGAAUCACCUUUCGGCAGUAUUAGCAUGUAUCUGUUCAAUGUCACCAAUGCCGAGGAAUUCCUUAAUGGCAAUGACACCCGCAUGCGUGUCCAGGAGGUGGGACCCAUUGUCUACAAAAUGCGCGGUCAAAAUAAAAUUCUCAAUCAAACCGAUGAUAUGUUGAUAUAUCACAAGACCCGCUACAAGCAUAUCGAAUUUGAUCCUGAGGCUAGUUGCGCGCCCGAUAUUCUCAAUCAGACCAUUACAUUGCCCAAUCUGGUGUUGUUGGGUGCUGCAGCCAAAUUACAUGAUUGGGUGUUCCUGGUGCGCCAUGCCUUCAAUGCCAUCACCAUUAAUGAGCCAUUGUUCAUGAACCGCAGUGUCUAUUACUUUUUGUGGGAUUUCAAGGUGCCAGCGUUGAAUUUAUUAUCACAGUAUGUGCCAAAUAUUGUGUCCAAUUGUGGAUUGUUGUUCAAUGCCCUGCGUGAAAAAACCGAAAUCUACAAUGUUCGCAUUGGCACCAAAAAUGGUUUUGAUAAUUUCUUCCGCAUCAAUCAGCUUAACGGCCAGGAAUAUUUCGCUGAACAAAAAUCCAACAUUGGACGCAAUAAACCAAAUGAAACUUGUCCCAUUAAUGUGGUCAAUGCCUUGGACAAUUCCCUAUUCCCACCCUACAUAAAGAAGAAUACGAACUUCACCAUUGUGGCUAUUGAAACUUGUCGUACCAUGGAAAUGUACUAUGAUGGCAUACAGGAGCAUAAUGGAUAUAAGGGCUAUCGUUAUGUCAUCGAGGAUCGCAAUACUCAACCCUCGUGCUUGGACAAUUCAAGGGGCAUCAAGUUGCACAAGGGAAUGUGGGAUGUCUCCAAGUGUGUGAUAAAUGAUGCUCCCUCUGUUUUUUCGGCGCCACACUUUCUUCAUACAUCCUACAAUUACUCAGAACAUUAUGAAGGCAUGUCACCCAAUGUAGAAAAACACAAGGCCCACAUUAUAUUGGAGCCCACGACAGGAGUGCCUCUUGCAGAGCGUUAUCGUUUCAUGUCCAGCAUACCCAUGCCCGAUAUGAAGGGCUACAACAAAAAUCUACAGAAAUUCCAUAAUGUGGUGGUACCCAAUUUCUGGUAUGAGUUUCUUUUGGGUGAUUUGCCCCCACUCAUUGAAAUUCCCAUAAAGAUCAAUGCCCAGCUGAUAACCAUAAUUCAGCCCGUACUCACAGUGAUAUUUUUCCUAAUAGCCAUAGUUAGUUUCCUUAAGUUGUAUUUAUUGGUUAAGCAACAGACCUUCUUAGAGUUCUAUGGCCUUCUGAGGGAGGCGUUUCAAAGGAAAAAGAUUGGCGAGUAGCAUUAAGGCUAGCUCUUCUCUUUAAAUCUAAGAUUAGCUUUUUGUUGUAAGUUUAGUUAAGCCUAUAGGUUCUAAUUUAAGUUUUUGUUUUCAUAUAUUUUUUUUUUUAUUUUUUAGUUUCUAAUGAGAAAAAAAAACAAAUAAAAUGCUUUAUAAAUACAUGAGUAAAAUAUAA